AUGAAAAUGAAGGUUUGUUGUUUCCUGCUUCUCCUAAUGAUUCUUGCUGUGAUUUUGCUAUACCAUCAGCCAAGCAUAGCAUACAAAGCAAUGGCCUUAGUGUCGGACCGCAGUCUUGAAAUGGGUACGGUUAAAAUCGCUUCUAACAAGCAUUUCUCCACCGAAGUAAAGGUGGAGAAAGGAAGGAGACUCCGGAGGUCAAUUCCAUCACCACCUCCUCCAAAACCCAAUAGACUUCGGAGCUGGUUGUUUCCACCCAAGCAUGGCGCCAGUCCUCCACCGCCACUACCUAUACCACCAUUGUUACCGCCCCCGCCGCCACCAUUGUCACCUACUGGCGCAUGA